AACUGUCAUUUUUAACGGCUUUUCUUUCUCUCUCUGUGUGAGAAGGAGAAUGGCUGCUGAGAGAGGCUUCUCAGGAUACCGGGGAGGACAUUGUUGUGUCCGUGUCAGCUGUCUGAAGUGAAAUGGACAGAGGAAGAUCGCCAAACAUUAAUAGGGAGAAACCUGUGCAGGGGGUCUCUGUAAGGAAGAGUGUGGAUCUACCUCAGGAACAAGCUGAGGGCAGGGAGUGACGAUCUACAUCAGAAACAAUCCAUCAGGGAGGAGACCAGCAGUGCCUCCUAUUCUCCAAGAGGUCGCUGUAGAGGCACCGUGCUGGGAGGAGAUGUUGAGGCAGCAGGACUGGCCUCUAAGGAGUGUGCUGCAGCCAUUGCUGCCACAAUGACAGCAGCAGCAGCAGGUGAUGUAUUUCUUGGAAGGCAGAUCUGCUGCCACUGUAGAUGCUGUCGCCAGAGGUGGCUGCCUCAUAUUGCCUCAUGGGAGGGCCGGCCCUGGCUACGCCUACUCUAGCAGAUGAGUGCCGUCCAACAAUUCAGGGCCAAAGAGUUCCUACCUAGCAACCUGGCUUCCCCGACACCCUCCUGUGUGGUUUCCAUGGAAGAAUCAAACUCUACAGCGGCAUCUGGUGUAGGCCGUUCUGUCUUGAAGGAAUUCGCCACCAUCUCUUCAAAAGGUUUCCCCGCCCCUUUCCUCCUCGCAUGAUUACGCAACCGCAAGAGUAUUUGCGGCGCGCGUGGGAUUCGAACCCAGCUCCCGGCGGAGAUGCAAUCGGCUGGACUUGCUUGGACGUUUCUGCGGACAGCUGCUCUCCGUUCCCUCCCCGUGGACUCAAGGGGUUAAGCGGAGAGAGCCGCCUGUUCCUAGAGAGGAUCAGAUAAAGAUAUGAGAGAUGGGGAAGUGCAAAAAAAAAAGCAAAAAGCGAACCUCCUUCCUGUGUGUUCCCCCUCCCCCGCCCCUUUCUGGAUUUGGGGGGAUUUAACGCCGCCUUGCAGAAAUUUGGGGUUUGCAGGAUUCGCAGAGGCUGCAAUGCAAAGGCUGCAAGGAGCGGCCUUUUCUCUUCCUGAACCUGACAUGCUCUCUCGACUUGACCCUGGAGAAGACCCAUGGGUUCCGGAUCUUUCCGCCAAAAAGGAGAGGGAGAUGCCGUUGGACAGUGGAGAAGAGUUUCCUGAUGUGAUCAUAAAAGUGGAACAGGAAGAGGAGCUGUGGCUUCCGGAGAAAUCAGAUCAAGGAGCGAAUCCACUGAACUCCUCUCUCCAAGAAAGAGAAACGGUAUCAUCGGGGUUUUCUGCUGUGAUAAUCAAGAAGGAAGAAGAUGACGAGCUUUGGGUGGUGUAUCACCAGGGCUCUGAGGAAAACGAAACAUCCCCACCUGCCCACUCAGAAGAGGGCCAUGGAAAAAGAUGCACGGAGGAGAAAGAGAACAAAUGCUCUGACUGCGGGAAAAGCUUCACGCAGAGGUCUAGCCUCGUCCGACACGAGAAGACGCACACGGGAGAGAAGCCCUAUGAAUGCGCAGAGUGCGGGAGGAGCUUUAGCCAGAGGUCGAUCCUGACCCGGCACGAGAGGACCCACACGGGAGAGAAGCCAUACAAAUGCUCAGAGUGCGGGAAGAAUUUCCGCCACAAGUCGGCGCUUUUGAGGCACGAGAAGAUGGAGGCCGGGGAGAGGCCGUACGAAUGCUCUCACUGCGGAAAGGGCUUCAUCCAGAGGUCCAACUUCCUCAUCCACGAGAGAAUCCACACCGGCGAGAAACCGUACCUGUGCUCCGACUGCGGGAAAAGCUUCGUCCAGAGGUGGCACCUGCUGGUACACGAGAUGACGCAUAAGCCUGAGCAGCCCUACCAGUGCACAAAGUGCGGGAAGAGAUUCAACCACAGCCUCAACCUCGUCGUCCACGAAAGGAGCCACGUGGGGGAGAAGGUGUACCCGUGCCCAGACUGCGAGAAGAGCUUCACGCAGAGGUCGAGCCUCGUACGGCACAAGAAGACCCACACGGGGGAGAAACCGCACCGGUGUGCCGAGUGCGGGAGGAGCUUCAGUCAGAGGUCAAUCCUGACCAGGCAUGAGAGGACCCACACGGGAGAGAAGCCGUACAAAUGCUCAGAGUGCGGGAAGAAUUUCCGCCACAAGUCGGCGCUUCUGAGGCACGAGAAGAUGGAAGCCGGGGAGAGGCCGUACAAGUGCUCGCACUGCGGAAAGGGCUUCAUCCAGAGGUCCAACUUCCUCAUCCACGAGAGGACCCACACGGGCGAGAAGCCCUACAAAUGCGCCGAGUGCGGGAAAGGCUUCGUUCAGAGGUCGCACCUUCAUGCCCACGAGGUAAUGCACAAGGAAGAAGAGUCCUUUCAGUGCUCAAAGUGCGGGAAGAGGUUCAACCACAGCUUGAGCCUCGUCAUCCACGAAAGAAGCCACACGGGAGAGAAACCGUACCCGUGCUCUGCCUGUGGGAAAAGCUUCGUUGACAAAUCGAGCCUGGUCAGACACGAGAGGGCCCAUCGAGGAGAGAAGCCAUAUGCGUGCUCCGACUGCGGGAAAAGGUUCAGCUAUAGGUCGGCCCUCCUCAGGCACAAGAAGACCCAAGCGGGAGGGAAGCCAUAUUGGUUUUCGGCCUGUGGAAAAAGUGUCAUCCAGAAAUUGAAGCACCUUGCGCACGAGAGAACUCACAACGGAGAGAGCCUGUACAAGUGCGCUUACUGUGGCCGGGCCUACAACUUGAAGUACAAGCUUCUCAUCCACGAGAGAGCCCACACCAGGAAGAAACCUUACCAGUGUUUGGAGUGCGAGAAGAGCUUCGGCCAGAGAUCCAACUUCAUUGUGCACCAGAGGACCCACACGGGGGAAAAGCCUCACAAGUGCUCCGAUUGCGGGAGGUGCUUCAACGAUGGGCGCAACCUCGUGAAGCACAAGAAGACCCACACGGGAGAGAAACCUUACCGGUGCCGCGCCUGCGGGAAAAGCUUCACGAACAAGUCGAGCCUCGUCGUGCACGAGAGGACUCACACCGGAGAAAAGCCGUACGGGUGCUCGGGUUGUGGGAAAGGCUUCACCAGCAAAUCGAGCCUGGUUAAGCACGAGAGAACUCACACGGGGGAGAAGCCGCACGCCUGCCCGGACUGCGGGAAAAGCUUCAUUCAGAGGUCGAACCUCCUCAGGCAUGAGAGGACCCACAAAGGGGAGAAAAUGAAUCCGUCCUCAGACGGUGGGGAAAGUUCCGGCGGCGACUCAGCCCUGACUAGAGACGUAGGGGCCCAGGCGGAAGAGAAACCCUAUAAAUGUUCCGAGUGCGGGAAAAGCUUCCACGAGAGACGGAACCUCGUCGUCCACGAGAGGACGCACACGGGGGAGAGGCCGUAUAAGUGCGCUCACUGCGGGAAAACCUUCACCAACAAAACGACUCUCGCCGUCCACAAGAGAACUCACACGGGGGAGAAGCCGUACGGAUGCCCCCGCUGCGGGAAAAGCUUCCCUUACAAGUCAAGCCUGAUCAAACACGAGAGGACCCACACGGGAGAGAAGCCCUACAAGUGCUCCAGCUGCGGGAAAGGGUUCAACCAGAGCGCCAACUUGCUCGCGCACGAGAGGACCCACACGGGAGAGAAGCCAUUCAAAUGCUCGGACUGCGGGAAAAGUUUCGGCGACCGGUCGAAUCUGAUCAGGCAUCAGAAAAGUCACACCGGAGAGCAACUCUAGAAAGACUCGUGCUUUGGCAGGGUAGGAAGAAACCUCACAGCGGAUUAUUUCCUGCUAGGUGCCAUAGGAAACAAUGCAGAAUAUACCACGACAGGCUUUAUCUUCCCGUUGGGUCAUGUGAUAGAGCUUUUUCUGGGCUGUACAAUUUUACACUGCUGUGGGGUAUUCACAUAGUUGAACAUUCCCUAAUUUGGGGACAGGAUCUUCCUGCACAUAGAGAAUUAGCACAUCAGUAAAAGGAACUUGGGCAUGUUAUGUUUCUAUCUACAGUGAAUUUUGCAUAUGGAGGAUCAGCACACACACACACACCAGGCCUCUAGCAGUCCAGUCUAGGGGGAAAAGCACUAAUUUCCUGGUGGCUAGUUAGUGUGAUCUUCAGUUCCUCACCCCACAGGCCUCAUCCUUGAGCUCUGCAUUCUUAAUACGUAUGUCCCGUUACCUUUCGCUUUUCUCGUUUUACUUCAUUGCAGUACCGCACUUCAGAACAAAAACUUUCUAACUCUUGCAGUGUUCCCACAGGCGAAUUAAUUGUAGGGGUAAAAGCGAAAGUUCACGGAGAACGCUUGGUUUGGCUGGUGACAUCAAAGAGCAUGGAAAACUAUUACAACAGUCCGUUCUUGCAGAUAUGAAAUUAGAUGUUUUCAGGGCAAAUCCUGCUCUGAUAAUUCUAUUCUGCAAUUGCCGGUCUUUUGCCAUCUGGAAGGUUCAUGUGCAGUCUGGGUCUCCUGGGCUGGCUAGUGGCACAAAGUCUGUGCCACCAUCUGAAAGCGAGGGAAGCCAUUCAAGUCAUAACAGGGUUUCAUCAAAGAAACACUUCCAGAUUUGGUUGAGGUGGCCAGUCCCCAUGGUCAGAUCCUGCCUGCGAGGAAGCGAUGGGACAGUUGCGAUAGUCCCCCACUUAAUGCGUCAUUGGUGUGUUGGUGUGGAAUCCCACAGAUCUGCUCUGGAACAGAUCCACUUUCAGAAUAUUCUCUGCUAAAGUAGAUCCAUUUUGGGGGUGGGUGACGGUGGGGCCGACUGAGAAUAUGCCCUUUCAAAUAUUUCAGCUUUCUUUUGCUGUCCAUUGAUAUAGGACAGAAGCUAUUCUGAACACCUGGAUUUAAAUUCAGUUUAACAGUCAGGGGUGGUGUGUAUGCCACAAUUCCUGAGAAGUACAUAAAAAAAAAUGCCAUCAGUCUCUAGAAGCAUCCAGCUUUCACAUUUUGGGUGUUGCUGAUGUUUAUUUUUUGUUGUUGUUAAGCUGGUAUUAUUCUCUGCUCUAUAUUUGAUUUGUUUUAUUGUAACUGGAAGCUGCCCAGGCAACUAUGUUAGUGGGCAGCUUACGAAUAUUAUUGCUCAAAUAAACAUUUUUUUAAAAUAGAAAAA